AUGGCGCUCCUGAGGUCAGGCUGGCUGUGGAGACAAACUUCUGUCCUAAAACGCUGGAAGCUAAACUGGUGUGACCUUUGGAUUGACGGCAGCCUUUGCUUCUACAAGACCGACAGCAGGCGAGAGCUGGAGCACCGCGUCAGGCUCAAGACGGCAUGCGUGGACGUGCGGUCCGGCCUGGAAUGCGGAGGUGUGACUCCGCCAGAGAGUAACCCCAGGGAGAAUCUCGUCGUGGUUCAGCUCAGAGACGGAUCGACGGUCAGCCUGUGUGCCAACAGUGAGGAUGAAUCCAUAGCCUGGAAACUGACUCUGCUCGAGACCAGGAGGAACCCGGUGUUCACGUAUGACCCGUAUGACGACUCCUACGAGGCUGUCCCCCUCAACAGCUAUCACACUAUCUACGUCACACCAGGAGCAGGACCAGGCACCCACCAGCUGGUUGUUCAGAGGGACCCGUUUGACGGAGUGGCAGAGCAUCUAGCGCUGGGAUUGCUGGCCGGCAUGGCAGCGGGAGCAGCCAUGCGAUCCUUCCUCUGGAUGCCCUUCUUUUUCUGCUGAGAUGAUCUCCAUCACCGACACGACGACCCGGCACGGCCCCUGGCCCC